UAAUUUGAAAUAAAUCUGAUUGUUCAAAAGUUGGAAAAAAACUCCAAUCCACAAAUAUCGAAGGGCUCUGAUUUGUAAUCUGUAAGUGUAUUUUCGUAAAACAAUUGCACAGAUCGAAACCGGCAGGCCGAAGUUUUGUAUCUGAAGUCGUUAAGUAAAGAAUUUUGUGAAGAGUCGAGGAGAAUUCCAAUUUCGAAUUGGCGAGAACGCAGAGUGAAUCUGUGUCUCUUGUGCGAAUUGUUUUGUAAUGGAACAAGCGGAACGGAGCAUGUCGAGUGAGGAGCGCAAGGGCAAGAGCCCUUUAGCGUGUAGUUCCUGGAGGUAUGGAACUCCGAUGAAGCGAAACAACGCUCACUUGAAGUAUACUCUAACGUAUCAGAAUAACGCGCAACGGCUACCAUUCGCUGUUCUGCCGAAUCAUAUUACACCCCCAUCCAAGUUGAGGAAAUUCAUUACUAAGAACCCGUUCGAGCCUGAUCUGAUUAAUCGACUGCACCUGUCCGCAAUCAGCCCGAACUUAUUCGCCAAGGUCUCCAGCCCUAUGCAACGGUCACCAGAGUUUGCGUGGAAUAUAGAUGAAUUGGCUCACAUGAAACCAGUAAAGAUCGAAGAAUCUCCCAUGCAGCAAAUGCAUUCUCCGGAGCCAGAAUUGGAGAUAAGAGCCCAGGCAGCUAUAGAUCGGUUUUUUAAACAGAAUCAGAUAAUUCCUAGCCCUUGGGACAUCAAGCAGAAAAGCAACAAACCAUUUUUCUUUGACACUCCCAAUAGGUCCUCGAAACAUAUCAACUCUAUUCAGGAAGUUUCAAAAUCUACAAAAGAUGCAUGGAGUCAGACAAUAUUGUCUCUACCUCUGGAGCUGCCUCAAGAUGUGGAAGAAAGUUUGAAGCCCUUCUUCAGUUUUACUCAG